GCAGGCGGCGGCGGCUGCGCGCUCCCCGGCUUGCCGGCAGGAUCCUCGGAGGGCCCCCGGCUGAGCUCUGCAGAGCUGGCGGGGCCGGGCUCGGAGAUCCCCGGUGCCCCGAGCCGGGCCCGCCUUGCCGGUGAUGCCAGCUUGGCCAGAGCCCCGCCGUCCCGGGGGCGCAGCAACUUGGUGAGGGGGACAGGGCUCCGGGCUAGACAGCACCCGAGCUGGCCGCUCCCUCCUGCAGUCUGCCUGUCGGAGUCUUGGUCCCCGGCUCAGAGGCAAGGAGGACUUCCGGCCAGCAAGUCGAACCAUUGGCACCGCUGUGGGGCAGGUGGCGUGAGUCUGAGGCCAGUAGAUGAGCAGACAGAACUGAAAGAUCCCCCAAAAGGAUGAGUGAGAGGGCCACGCGGAACUGGAGCACGGGCAGCUGGCUGCUGGCACUGUGCCUGGCCUGGCUGUGGACCCGCCUGGCCACGGCUACCUCACAGCCUCCAACUGCCACAGUGCUCGUGCAGCAGGGCACCUGCGAGGUGAUUGCCGCUCAUCGCUGCUGCAACCGGAACCGCAUCGAGGAACGCUCUCAGACUGUCAAAUGCUCCUGCUUUUCUGGCCAGGUGGCCGGCACCACACGGGCAAAGCCCUCCUGUGUAGACGCCUCCAUCGUCCUGCAGAGGUGGUGGUGUCAGAUGGAGCCCUGCCUGCCGGGGGAGGACUGUAAGGUGCUUCCAGACCUCUCAGGAUGGAGCUGCAGCAGUGGACAGAAAGUCAAAACCACCAAGGUAUCCGGGGUGGACACUUCAUCCCACCCCUCUCUUCCCCCUUCACCUGGGGUAGCAAAGGGGCACCGAAGCCCUGGGAGUCUGGGAUGUCAGUGCCCCAAGGUGAGAUUGUGAACCACGAGAAUACGUCCCAGACAGUUCUGCCUCUGUCCUGACUGGAGACAGGAGUACGGGCUCUGCAUUUGAAAGCUACUGUGUCCUUCUGGGCAAAUUCUUGAUGUUCCAUAUGCCUUAGUUUCCUCCUCUUUGCCUGGAGUGAGUUUGCCUCCAGAAUAUGUCAGGUCUCUAAAAAACAAAGUAGAGAAUUGAGAAAAUUAUCUAGAUAAUUCAGGGAGGAGUCUCUACUUCCACCUGAAUUCCAGGUACGGAAGCCACUCUGCCCACCCACCUCUACCAUGGACCGUCCCUCCACCCCCAUCCCACUCCUACUGUUAUUAACUCCCUAGAGUUCAUACCCACCUUCCUGGAGUCCAGUUUCUCUGUCAGCUUUGACAGCACCCAAGAGGAUUAUUAUUUUCAUGGUUUGCUGCCUGCCCCACAGAACAAGCGUUAAUUAAAACUUUAUCAA